AUGGAUCCAAAAGAGCCUCCCAUCAUUGAUUUUGCGCCAUUCUAUGGCCCCGAGUCGCCCGCUAAAGAAAGGCUUAUCAGCGAACUGCGGCAGGCCUGCAAAGAGUACGGAUUCUUUCAGCUGAUCAAUCACGCAGUCCCUGCCGAACUUCAAGAGUCAGUCAUGCGCCACAGUCAAGACUUCUUUGCUCUACCAAUUGAGACAAAGGAGAAGUACGGGAAGGACAUUGGAGGGUUCAACCGCGGCUACGAGAGACUACGAGCCCAGAACUUCGAGAAGCGGACCCAGGGUGAUUUGAAAGAAGGGUUCUACAUGGGCAAGAAUCUACCACAUGAUGACCCAUAUGUUGUGGCCCGCAAAUUUGGCCAGGGACCGAACAAGUAUCCAGCCGAGGUCACCGAUCCACUCGCAUUCCAAAACGUAAUGGAUGAGUACCACGCUGCCCUUACCGCGCUGGCUAUGGGGAUCAUGCAAAUAAUUGCGCGCACACUGCAUUUGGAUGAGGAUGUCUUCCAUGAUUUCUGUGAGCAUCCAGUGGCCGUGCUGCGUCUGCUUCACUACCCUCCGCAGGGGCCCAAGGCAGCGGAAGAUGAGAGAGGCAUUGGCUCGCACACCGACUUUGGUGCCAUCACAAUCCUGCUACAGGACAUGACCGGGGGACUUCAGGUGUGGAAUCAUGUCUCGAUGCAGUGGGUGGACGUGACCCCUAUCCCCGGAGCCUAUGUAGUCAAUCUCGGCAAUAUGAUGAUGCGAUGGACAAACGAUCAGUAUUUGUCCAAUCUCCACCGAGUUAUAAACAAGAGCGGCAAGGAGCGCUUCAGUGUGCCAUUCUUCUUCUCUGGAAACCCGGACUACACCAUUCGCUGUCUACCAAGUUGCGAAAACAGCAAGGAGGGAGCAAGAUAUGCUCCGAUCACGGUGGGCGAGUGGAUGACUGGACGGUAUGCGGACACAUAUAGCACUUCAGCGACGAAAGCGAUCGGAGAGCUUCGCAAUGACCUAGUCGAGGAGCUCUCUGCAAGAUAGUGUCAGAAAGAGGCGCAGUCCCCAAUUCUGACCUAUGCGCUUGAGAGGAACUCAGG